GUAACAGAAAUUCCCAUAAUUUUAUCAACUAUUGAAAAGAGUGAAGAACUUGAGACUAAAACGAAACUUACUACUGAAAUGGAAGAAGUCACAGUGAAAACGAGCACUGCUCUUGAUAAGGAGACAACGGUUACAAUGAUGGCCGAAGAUAUGGAAUCAAAAUCUGAGGACACAAGCAGGAGCACCGUGUCGGAUAUAACACAGAAAGUAACAGAAAUUCCCAUGAUUUUAUCAACUAUUGAAAAGAGUGAAGAGCCUGAGACUAAAAUGAAACUUACUACUCUAAUAGAAGAAGGCACAGUGAAAACUAGCACUGUUCUUGCUGAUAAGGAGACAGCGGUUACAAUGAUGGCUGAAGAUAUGGAAUCAAAAUCUGAGGAGACAAGCAGGAGCACCGUUUCGGAUAUAACACAAAAAGUAACAGAAAUUCCCAUGAUUUUAUCAACUAUGGAAAAGAGUGAAGAACCUGAGACUAAAACGAAACUUACUACUGUAAUUGAAGAAGGCACAGUGAAAACGAGCACUGCACUUGCCGAUAAGGAGACAACGGGUACAAUGAUGGCCGAAGACAUGGAGUCAAAAUUAGAAGAGACAAGUAAAAGUACCACAUCUGAAACACAAAAAAUUACAGAAAUUCCUAUAAUUUCAUCAACUAUUGAAAAGAGUGAAGAACCAGAUACUACAAAGAAACCAACAACUGUAUUGGAAGAAAGCACUUCAAAAAUGAGUACGACUGUUGCUGAUAAGGAAAAAACUAUGACAAUGAUGGCCGAAGAUAUGGAGUCAAAAUCUGAGGAGGCAAGUGAAAGUACCACAUCGGAAACAACGCAAAAAGUCACAGAAAUUCCCAUAAUUUCAACAACCACUGAAAAGAGUGAAGAAACUGAGACGGAAACGAAGUUUACUACUGUAAUGAAAGAACGCACUGCAAAAACGAGUACUACUAAUGCCGAUAAGGAAACAACGAUAGCUGGAGAUAAAGAAUCAAAAUCAGAGAUGACAAGCAAGAGUACUAUAUUUGACACAACCCAAAAAAUGGCAGAAACUUCAAUAGUUUCAUCUACUACGAAGGAAAUGACGUCAACAGUUAAGGAAGAAAUGUUAAGUUCAACGAUGAAAACCCCUAUGGUUAAGUCAAUUGAAGAAGAAAUGGAUUCAUUUACUCGUGAAUCAACACCACCAGAUGUUGAAGUGACUAAAGAAAGCGAAUCUGCUCAAAGUUUAACUUCUUUACUUUCCCUUGAGCCUGAAGAAACAACUUUCAAGACAAAGGAAAGUACUGCUUUUAAAGAAACUGUGAGCACCGAAACACCUGGAGAUGAAUCAAAGAAAACUCCAGUUUACACUUCGUUAGGAAUCACAGAAGCUUCAAGCCUUCAAACUCAGGAACACGAAACAGUUUCUGAGAAAGAAGAAAUUUCCACUAUUAAGACAACAGAGCCUGAAAUCACCACUAGCACCACUGGUCAUGUAGAAAAAUUAACUAUAAGUACUGAGAUAACAGAACCAACCAUAAGAACAACCGACUUAUCAGAUCAUGAAAGUACCUUUUCUAGUGAAUUGUCUGUAGAACCAGGAAAAUCAACGGCUGAAACACAAAAAGCUGAAAUUACAGUAUCGGAAGGACAAGAAUCAAGGAUUACGAGUAUCGCUCCAGAUAAAUUUACUGAAUCUGAAACCGAAAGCAGUUCAAUGCUUACAACUGCUGAGCUAAUUAAAGUGGAAAGUACCACAGCCCGAGAUAAAUUUACAGAAGAAACAAAAAUGACUUCAUUUCAUGAAUUGGAAUCCGAAACAGUCACUUCAAGCUCAUCAUCCGAUGAGUUAAAAACCACUUUAUCAACUGAAAAAGAUCAAACGACAGGAAUUAGUGAGGCUAGUCAGUCGGUUUCAGAGAUCACUAAAGAACCUAGCACACUAGCAUCAGAAACAAAAACUGAAGAGAGAACCACACUAAAGAUAACUGAGAAACCCAUUUUUAAAUCUGAGGAUAUAGCGUCUACUAUUACAAGCCAUAGCGUAGCCGAAACUGAAGCAUCUAGUCCAGUUACUUCAAGAGAAACAGCUGAAGCAGAAGAUAUGGCAUCUACUAGUGUAACCGAAUCUUCAAUAAAACAAACAAACGUAACCGAAAGCGUUCCAGAAGUAAAAACAACAGAAUAUGUAAGUACAGUUACAGUUAAACCAUCUACUAUUGCUGGUAUUCCACUCAUAGAGAGGAGGCUUCCCACCGACAGGACAGAGCGUCCACUCACUGAAGACUUAGAUCAAGUCAGCAAGUCAACUAUUAUCAGCACGGUAUCAACCACUGGCAUUCCUAUCACAAUGAUCAGUGAAACAACAACUCCGGAGAGUUUCGAGACUGAAACAAGAAUUUCAACAACAGGCGUUCCAAUUUCAACGAUAAGCGACUUAUUGCGAUCUCCUACAACUUUGGAGAGUUUAGAAACUGAAGAGAGAAUCUCAACAACAGGCGUUCCAUUUUCCACACUAAGCGAGUUAUUGCGAUCUCCUACAACUUUGGAAAGUUUAGAAACUGAAGAGAGAAUCUCAACUACAGGCGUUCCAUUUUCCACACUAAGCGAGUUAUUGCGAUCUCCAACAACUUCGGCUAUUUUAGAAACUGAGACUAAAAUCUCAACAACGGAAACUCCGUUACCAACUGUGAAUGAAACUUCAGAAUUCCCAACAACAGCAGAUAUUCUUGAAACUGAGACAAGAAUCUCAACUACUGGAGUUAUCGUCAAGAAUCUAACAGAACGUGUCACAGAGGCUACUGAAAUACCGACGAAAGCUUUCAAAGCCAUUGAAACGACAACGAUGUCUUCCAGCACACCUGUGACCUCAACAACAGAAGAGACU